UGGCGGCUCCCGGAGUAACUUUACCCGGACUGGCUGUCGCGCAAGUCCUGCGGCAGAUCCGCAUGGCGGUCCCCACGCCCACAAUGGGGCCAUCGGCUUUAGGCCAGACAGGUCCUGGCUCCAUGGCUCCAUGGUGCUCCAUGAGCAGCGGCCCGUCACGCUACGUCCUCGGGAUGCAGGAGUUGUUCCGAGGUCACAGUAAGACGCGCGAGUUUCCGGCGCACAGCGCCAAGGUGCACUCGGUGGCCUGGAGCUGCGACGGGCGUCGCUUAGCCUCGGGAUCCUUCGACAAGACGGCCAGCGUCUUCUUGCUGGAGAAGGACCGGUUGGUCAAAGAAAACAACUAUCGGGGGCAUGGAGACAGUGUGGAUCAGCUGUGCUGGCAUCCAAGUAAUCCUGACCUCUUCGUCACUGCAUCUGGGGAUAAAACCAUUCGGAUCUGGGACGUGAGGACCACAAAAUGCAUUGCUACUGUGAACACCAAAGGGGAGAACAUUAAUAUCUGCUGGAGUCCCGAUGGGCAGACUAUUGCUGUAGGCAACAAGGAUGACGUGGUGACCUUUAUUGAUGCCAAGACACACCGUUCCAAAGCAGAAGAACAGUUCAAGUUUGAAGUCAAUGAAAUCUCCUGGAACAAUGAUAAUAACAUGUUCUUCCUGACAAAUGGCAAUGGUUGUAUCAACAUCCUCAGCUACCCAGAACUAAAGCCUGUGCAGUCCAUCAAUGCCCAUCCUUCUAACUGCAUCUGUAUCAAGUUUGACCCCAUGGGGAAAUACUUUGCCACAGGAAGUGCCGAUGCUUUGGUCAGCCUCUGGGAUGUGGACGAGUUAGUGUGUGUGCGGUGCUUCUCCAGACUGGAUUGGCCUGUCAGGACACUCAGUUUUAGCCAUGAUGGGAAAAUGUUAGCAUCGGCAUCAGAGGAUCAUUUCAUUGACAUAGCUGAGGUGGAGACAGGAGACAAGCUAUGGGAAGUGCAGUGUGAGUCCCCGACCUUCACUGUGGCUUGGCACCCCAAAAGGCCUCUGCUGGCAUUUGCCUGUGAUGACAAAGAUGGCAAAUAUGACAGUAGUCGGGAAGCUGGAACUGUGAAGCUGUUUGGGCUUCCAAAUGAUUCCUGAGAGGCGGACCGAGCAGAAGCAGAGGAGGCCAGACUGGAGGAGAGAUGGCCAGGCAGAGACCUUACUUUGUGUAGUUUGGUCUAUUCUCUUGGACUUGGUGGGCACCCUAAAUAUGUAUAAACUUACCUAAAAUACAAACACCUUUUGGUCAGGCUGCCAUUGCAAUCCCCUUUAUGGUGCUGGGGAUUGAAAUUCCAGGGCCUUGCACAUGCUAAGCAAGUGUAAGUGCUCCACCAUUGAGCUACAUCUUCAGCCCCUUCCCGUGUGUGUGUGUGUGUGUGUGUGUGUGUACACACACACGUACGUGCCCGUGUUGUUUCUGUCCUUUCCCCCUAGUACCAGUUAGCUAGUAAGGAUUCCGUAAGUUUGUGUCGUGACCCCAGCAAGCUUGUGUUCUGACUACCUCCUGUUGUCCUGAGUCAGACAUAUGGUAGGCUUUGUUGAGUUUGAUACUGCUUGGGCAAAGCCUAGUUUAUAGGGAUGGAGGGUUUUUAAUAAGAAGUAUGUGUGUAUACAACACACUUUGAGAAUUGAGCAUUUAAUAAAACUAGCUUUUUAUUUUGGAA